UUUCCAAAAACAAAUUUAUUAAAACAAAUAAAACAUUUUUACUACUACUGCAUUAAAAGUUUAGCCAUAGUAUACUAAUUAUACAGUAAAUAAUUAUAGCUAGCCUAAUUUAAAAUUACAUUAUAUUAUUACAAAUUUUAAGCAAAAUGUGGUAGUUUACGGAUUUAUACAAUUAAGUAAACAACAGGGUAGACUAAUGAAAUGCGGUUCAAUAAACAAGAGAUGAUAACAUUAGCUCAACAGCCAUCAAAUAAAUUUGAUAAAGAAGGUUUGCUAUUAAUUCGUGAACGACAAGAAGGGUUUUUUAGGAAAACUGAAAAAAAAGAUUCCAAGAGAAGCAAAAAACGUGAUCGAUUAAGCGAUCUGAACUGUUAUGGCGGAUCACAAAAAGCUAAUUUUGAACGAUGGUGCCGUUUAAGAGGUAAUUUACUGUUUUACUUAAAGUCUAAUGACCAACUCUCUGAUUUAUUGGGUAUUAUAAUUUUACAAAAUUAUACUGUAAAAUUAGACGAAUCUCCAUUAGAAGGAUCAUUUAAUUUUCAUAUUGUAUUUGAAAAUGGUAUUUGUCAACAAAUUGGUGCUAGAACAGAACUAGAAAGAGAUUCUUGGUUUGAAGCCUUAAAACAGGCCAAUUAUGACACUAUGCGAGCUCGACUUUUAAACCUCAGAAAACAACUUGAAGAAAAGCGAAAACCUGAACUAGAUAUUGAUAUGUGGAGAUUGCGUAAAAACCAACCAAAAUUAGAUUUGGCUAGAGCUCCAUUAUGUGAAAUUUGUUUUUCUUGUGAUAAUCUUGUGUGUGAUGGUCAUGGUCGUUCUCCAAACCCAGUUAUCGUUGUAUCUCUAUUUAUUCCUUGUGAAAAAAUCUGGAUUAAUUAUGCUAAUACAGAAGUUGUAAUUGAUAGCAGUAAUCCAACAUUUUUAAGAAGUAUAUGGCUUCAACAUAAUGAUGGUUUAACUGAAGAUUCAAUUAUAAGAAUAACAGUAUAUGAUGUACGAGAAUUAAUUUCUGGUACUGCUAUAAAAAUGGGACACUGUGAAACUGUUCUUUGUUCACUAUUGGAAACAACACAUUCACGAUGUAAUAGUCAACGAGUGCGUCUACCUUUAACAUAUUUAAAUGUUCAAUCAGAUUUUGAUAGAAUAAUUGGAUUUGUAACAUUAACUAUAUGUAGACCGGACAAGCAAAUCGGGCAUAACAUGAGUACAGAAUCAACUCCCUGUAAAUCACUUGUUCAUAAUAAUUCUAAUAAAUCAAUAAACAAUCACCGAAGAACACAGUCACUUCCUCCAAGGUUAGGAUUGAAAUUUCGCAUUCCACUACAGAAUUAUUUAUACAUGUUGUUUGAUAAUAUAUCAUUUGUUACAUAUCGAUUUCAUUCUGGAUUAAGAGGUGAUAUUUCACUAUAUGAAAUUAUGGCUGAAAGCAAAUUAUGUUUUUAUCUGCCCAAACAGUUAUUAAAUAUUUGGAUACUUGAAGAAAAAGAACUAUUGCAAGAAGUCUCAGGAAUGGGUGAACUUACAGAGCCAUGGCACUCUAAACAAGUAGAAUUACUUGAUCGUCACUUACAACUGUUGCAUUCUUAUUCUCAAGCUAAACAAAACCUGGAAAAUACAAAAGGAAUUUUCUUUAAGCCAAGCUCUCGAAAAAAUGAUCGAACAUUGGAAUUUGUCCCAACAAAUUUGCACUUACAACGUAUUUGGGUACAAAAUGAUACAUUGAAAAAAAGUGGAUUUUAUGAUAUAAUUACUGUUGGUGCUUUUACAGCACAUUCUCAUAAAUCUAAAACUGGAGGGUUGAUAAAACUUUUACAACAACUUAAAGAAGUGCCUUUAAAGUCAAACGAUCAAUCUAUUGUGAGUAGUAAAAUUUGUAUGGCCUUUGAUGCAAUUCAAGCUAUUAAAUUACUUAGAAGAGAGGUAGUUGAUGCAAUGAAAACACUGUUAAAUUUAGCUAAAGAAAAACAAACAGAUGGAAUGAUGCCUAUCUGCAAUGAUAUGAUAUCUAAAACAAGGAUUUUAUUAAGUCUUUGGGAUCCAAAACUUGUUGAAGAAGCUUUUAAUUUUAUUGAAGAACACAAAGUUACUCCUGUAUUAACCGAAAAUUGUUUUUAUUCUAAAAAUAACACUGAUUAUCAAAUAUCUCCAUUUAAACGAAUAGCAAGUCAAAUUAAUUUUGAUCUGCAAUCACCAGAUACAGAAGAGUUAUGCACUCCCGAAAGCCCAAAAAUGUUUAUGAAUCAUAGCACUGGAAAUUUAAAAGAAAAACAAGAUGUUGAUAACAUUCAAGAUGAACAACAGUUUGUGUUAUUUCCUGAAUGUGACAUAGAAAUAGACGAAAAUCAUAUAAAAAAAAUAGAUCCAUCUGAUACCAAAGAAAAUUCUAUAAUUAGUGAAAAUGGAAUGAAAAAUGGUCAAUUUUUAGAUACUUAUGCAAUGUGUAACUCACCAUCAGCUAAUUAUUAUAAACCAACUGAAGAACCCGAACCUUGGGAACUUACUCAGUUAAAUAUUGAAGCUAGUAUUAUGUGUCUUGUUAGCAAAGUUAAGUUUCUCUGUGGGCGUUGUAAUAGUCCUGCUGUCAGAUUACGUUCUCAAAGAAGCCAAAGUUUUAAAUCAGAUAUUUCAAUUACAAAUCAAAAAUUAAGCAGCGUAAAUCAACCAACUAGCCUAGACUCUGGAUUCAAUAACCUUGUUACCUCUAAACUAAAUACUGAAGCACAAGGCCCUAAAAAUUUUAGUUCAUCUUCUAGAAAUAAAUUUACAGAAGGCCUUGAUUUUAACUUAAUGACGGAUUGGGCAAUUGAGUUAAAACCAAGUAUGAAAAAAUUACGUCAAGCUAUGGAUGGUCUACUAAAAACUGCUCGACUUACUCACAGUGUUUUCAGAGUUCAAGAAGAUAAAAGAUCUGCAGAAAGGUCUUGCAAUGUUCGAUAUAGAAGACAUGUUUGUUUCUCACAAGCGUUGACAGCAUUAGUCAGUGGCCUAAUGGCAAAGUUGUGGUGUCAAAAACCUGAUCCAGAAUUCCUAUUUUUAUUGUCAUCAAUAGGAUGUCUUGCAUCUUUUGAAUGUCUUUUAAGCUAUUAUGGAAACGAAAUUGAUAUGUGGGGUGAUAUGGCUGUAGCUGUUGAAGAUUUGGCUACUGUAAACUUCUCUCUUAUGCCAUUAUCUCAGGCUGUCAAGGAUAAUCCAAAAAAAGAAAUAAUGCCACGUAUAAUAGGGUCUAAAAACUCAUUAUGUGUACUUAUUCCAGUUCCUGAUUUAGUCCAGUCACUUAUAUCUUUAAAAACACCAUUUAGAGUUACUCCAAUUUUCUUCAACAUAGGUAUUAAUGAGAUGGCUACACUUGCUGAAAAUUUAGGAAAUACAAAACCUCAAGACAGUAGUAACAUUGAUAAUUUUGAACGCCUUAGUGAAUUUUGUUCAAAAUAUCGUAAACUCAAUAUAUCUAAUGACAUUAACUGUAAUAGACAAGAGAUUUCUCUAACCAAAUUGAUGGAUAAUUUAAAAGAAUCACUUUACAAAAACAAAAGUAAAAAUGUGGAAGUACUUCAAUUAGUAUCACGUGUGUGUCGUAAACUUAAGGGUUUGCGCUUUACUAGUUGUAAAAGUGCUAAAGAUCGCACUGGUAUGUCAGUAACACUUGAACAAUGUUCUAUACUCAAUUUAGAAUAUGGAUUAGCAGAAAAUGAAUUUCAAAGAGCUUUGGAUUGUAUAAGAAGUGAGGGUUGUCGAAGAGAAAACACUUUCAAAAAUACAGGUAUUAGAAAAUAUGCAUUUAAUAGAUUACAACAUUUUACAUUACCAGAGCAAUAUAGGCCACCAGCAGGUACUUAUGGAUCAAGUCAAACUUAGUUACCAUUUUAAAAAUAGAUACUAAAUUUUUUUAAUUAAUAAUUUUUCAAAUUUUUUUAGUAUUUUUUAUGUUUGAAAAAUUGUAUUUUAUUGUGGAUAAAGUAGAAAACUAAGAUCUAAAUAUUUUAACAUUCUAUAACAAAAUAAUUUGUAAAUAAACAAAACAUAGAUUACUAUUCGUAAUUUAUUUUAAAUUUAAUAAAAUUAUUAACAAUUUAAAUAUAGUAUCUCAAGAAUAAAAUUGUGAUUUAUUUAUCUUAAGUAUUUAAAAAUAUAUAAUAUAUUUCACCGAUAAAGAAAA